CUCCUGUGGCGGCUGGUGUUAGACAGAAUGUUCUAAUCCGUCACCGUUGUACCAAUUGUCUAUAAAAAUUAAUGUGCUGGUGACGCUCUGCCUUCAAUAGGGGGCAAAUCUAAUCCUCAAUUCCUGCUUAUGAGCACAAAGACAGACAUGAAUGACUCUCAAGACAUCAAGGAAGAAACCAGCAAAAGCAAAGACCAAACAGAUGGAACAGGAAUGAGUCUGUGCAAAGACGAGAAAGGUGUUAAAGUAACAGAGAAGUAUGUACCUAUGUUGGGCCAGAGCUGCAGAGGAGGAGGUCCAUCUGCUGAACAAUCUCUGAGGCACACUGAAACACUCCCAGAACAACUUUUAGGGACUGGAGCAGGUCCUCUGCAUAAAGCUGAGGGUCCGAGAGAGGAGCAACAUGUCCAUGGGGAGCCCUUCAUGAGAGAGGAAUCAUCCCAGACUAGGUUGUCCUUUGGUGGACUAGACGUUCAUCAACAAACCAUGGAGGAGCUGAAGAGCAUCCUGAAGGACAGUCAUUUUCUCAGCAUCCGAGGAAAAGAGGAGGGGAAAACUGGAAGCCCUUUUACGUAUCUCCAUGGGAGCAGCAGCAGUGGCGGAGGAUGCGAGAGACGGGACGACGAAGACAACCCUCAUAGGACGUUCAGCACCUUCAAACCUCUGCCCGACGCUUCCAGAAGGGGGGGGCGCUCCAGAGAAAGUACACCUAUUCAGCGGCCUCCCACUGUGGAUUCAUCCAGCUCUUUCAGCUCUGCUGCGAAAACAAAUAGGCAGCCAGGGGUCAGGAUCUAUGCACAUUCAGGGGGCAGCUCCUGGGGAGAGACUGGAGAUUCUCAUUCAGAUAACGAAAACAAAGUUGAGUCCUCUGGCAACCUGAGGUUCUUCUCAGCCAUGGAUCAAAUCAAGCAGCAGAUUGCCCGAGAAAACAUCAAGUUCGUCCGAUUUGAGGCCACUGAUCUACAUGGGGUGUCACGGUCUAAGACGGUUCCUGUCCGCUUCUUCCACGAGAAGGCAGUCUACGGGGUACCGAUGCCAAGAAGCUAUUUGGAGCUGACCCUGAGCCCGAAGAGCAAUGAAGUGGACCAUGCCAGCACUGCCAGUUUUAGCAGUGACGUCCUUCUGAUCCCAGACCUCUCAACAUUCAGAGUCCUACCAUGGGCUGAGCAGACAGCACGGGUCAUAUGUGAUCCAUGCACUGUAACAGGAAGCCCUCUGCGAACCUCCCCACGCCUCAUUGCCAAGCAGCUGCUCGGUCAGCUCCAAAGCCUAGGGUUCUCUCUGCAUUCAUCCUUCACCUAUGAGUGCUGCGUUCUGGGAGCCCCUGACAGAAUAGGACCAAAAACCCUCCUGUUCCCUGCCACUACGUUGCUUAGCAACCAUGACCUCCCGUUCCUCCAGCAGCUAGUGGACAGCAUGUACUGCAUGGGUGCAGACAUAGACAGUAUUUCCUCAGCUAGUGGGCCCGGUCAGAUGGAGAUCAAUCUGAGGCCAGAGUUCGGGAUAGCAGCUGCCGACAGUGCCUUUACCUUCCGUACUGGCAUUAAAGAGAUGGCUCGUAAACACAGCUACAUCGCCAGUUUUUUCACCGAUGAUGGUCUGUAUAACGCCGGUGUGCUUUCCCACAGCCUGUGGGACGCGAAUGGGCGACGCAGCCUCUUCCAGAGUGGCGAAAAGGCAGCAGACCUGUCUGAGAUCGGAAGGAAAUGGUUGGCUGGGCUCCUCACCCACGCUGCAGCCCUAAGCUGCCUUAUGUCACCCGGCCUGGGUUGCCGCAGCCAUAUUGCCAAGACCAUCAAAGACUCCAAACAAAUGCUGUACGCUACAUGCGGCUGUAACGACAAUAGCAGCUCGUUUAACAUCAAAUACCAUGGCGGGAGGGAGACACACAUCGACAACAAGCUAGGCUCCGCUAUGGCAAACCCUUACAUUGUACUGGCUGCUACAGUGGCUGCGGGACUGGAUGGUAUCAGAAAAAACCUGAACAUCGAAAACCUUCUGAACAAAGCCCCCGGUCAGCAGAAAGAAUUCGCCAUCCCCGUGAAGCUUGAUAACGCCCUGGAGGCAUUGGCAGAGGAUCAUGUCAUCUGCAGCGCCCUGGGAGAACCGUUUGUUCAGUACUUCAUCGCUAUGAAGAAGUUUGAGAUCGAGACCCAGGAACUAGACGACGAGAGAAACAAGUGCCUGGAGUAUUUCAUUUGAAACUCUUUGCAGUUUGUGUUCCUA